AUGUCUGAGCUAUCCAAUGAGCUGGGCUUUGAUCCCACUUUGAAGAAGAAGAAGAAGGCCAAGAAAGUAGUAGAUUCCGAAGACACAGUCGAUGCAGGAACAACAGCAGCUCCUGCCGCAGAUGACAUUUUCUCUGGGCUAAAAAAGAAGAAGAAGUCCAAGAGUACAUCCAAAGAUUCAGGCGAGACACAGGAUGACGUGGACGAAGUCGGAGCUGCUCUAGGGGAGCUGAAACUCAAGAAAAAGAAGAAGAGGACGAAGGAACACAGUCUAGAUGAUUUUGAAAAGGAAUUGGCCAAAGCGGGCGUCGCUGAGGCCAGUCAAACCAACAGCAGAGAGGCAUCAGUGGUACCCGAAGACGACUCGGCGCUCCAGGAAGACGCAGGAUUGCCCUAUCAAGAUCUGCUGUCUAGAUUCUUCCAAACUCUCAGAACUAACAACCCAGAGCUGGCGGGCGACAGAAGCGGGCCUAAGUUCAGAAUUCCACCCCCUGUGUGUCAGCGUGAUGGUAAGAAGACCAUUUUCUGCAACAUUCAAGAGAUUUCCGAAAAACUACAACGAAACCCAGAGCAUUUGAUCCAGUAUCUAUUUGCAGAAUUGGGUACUUCUGGUUCCGUUGACGGGCAAAAGAGAUUGGUCAUGAAGGGGAAAUUCAUGCCUAAACAAAUGGAAAACGUAUUAAGAAGAUACAUUCUGGAAUAUGUCACAUGUAAGACCUGUAAAAGCAUUAACACCGACCUGCGUAAGGAGCAAUCUAACAGACUGUUCUUCCUGGUGUGUCAGAGUUGUGGUUCCACCAGAUCCGUGUCUUCUAUCAAGACAGGUUUCCAGGCCAUCGUGGGUAAGAGAAGAAGAAUGUGA